AUGCUCUCAUACGUCAUACCUGCUCCCCAGGAAACAUCGGCUGCGAAUGGCCGUUCGUCGAACCGAACUGAAGGCGAUGCAGAGAAUGGUGGUGGUAGUAUAACCAACAGGGAACCAGUGCCUUCUCCACCUCGUUCUAGCCUAAGUCUCAGACUCAACUCCCAAUACAUGGCCGGAACAGAGUCCCACACAACAGAGGUGGAUGCCCUGCUGGCGAAUGUGAAUGUGGCAUCUGGCCAUGAGUUCUGUGACGACGAGCGCACCCAUUUACUGAACGACACAAACCACACAUCAUCUCCGGUACGGGUGAAGCGUCAGAACAGUAAUGGCAGCAACAACAAUAACUCUUUUAGUUUGAACAACAAUGCCAAUAACACCAGCAGCAAUACCGACGUCACCACUAACAAUAGAAGAUGUAGUGGCGAUGGUGGAGGAGGUGGCGGUGGCGGUGGAGUAAAUGUGGCGGGCAACAAUUGUGGCGACGAUGUUGUCAAUGUUAAUGUUCGCAGCUCCGUAGAGGGAACAUCUUCGGAUGAUGGUCCAGAUUCCCACCACACCACUGUUACCCAUACUACUGAAAAGCCACCUGCACAGCAAGAUGAAUCCCAGAAUCCCCGCCAGCAAUCGAUGACAACUAAGAAGCCCAAACUAAGCAAAUUGGGUUCGAACAAAACAGUCGGACUAAAAAGGUAA